AUGACUUUCAAAGAUUUUAGUAAGAAAGGGUUAAAGUUGUUACAAAUUUUGGGAGUUUUCCAUGUUUUUCAUGAGUAUCUCCUAGAUUUCUGUAUAGCUGUUGGUCCAUCAAUGUUGCCAACAAUUGGACCCUCAAAUGAAAUUUUAAUAUAUGAACGUCUCAGCAGAUGGUUUCCAAACUUCAAGUUGAAAUAUUGGCCAAAAUUAAAUAUAAAUAGAAAUGAUAUUGUAAUUGCAAUAUCAAAAGAUGAUCCAGAAAUAAGGAUCUGUAAAAGAGUUCUAGCAAUCGCCAAUGAUUUAGUUACUGUAUGUCCAGAUUUUACAAUCAUCUCUAAAUUAGGAGAUAUUCACAGUACAGAUGUUGCUACUUUUACUCAAUGUUCAACUUAUUUUGUACCUCCCGGAUAUGUAUGGCUACAGGGUGAUAAUAGUAAGUGUUCCCGUGAUUCAAGACACUACGGACCUGUACCUAAACCAAUGAUUUUUGGGAAAAUUUUAUAUAAGAUUUGGCCUCCCAAUUUAUGGGGAUAA